CGCCGGACUCCUUAUCUACAGGGACUUCCUGCUCCACCCACAUUCUCGUGUCGCUUCCGGGUGGCCGCUCUCACUGAUCCAGUCUGGUAGUCGUUUUCUCAACGCUGUAAACAAAAGUUAUUUAACGGUUCACUUCCUUCGACACGUAGAAAGAAAAGAAAUGCAUAUCAAGACAGGUACAUGGGAAGCCAGCAACACCGUAUGUGAGUCCGAUUCCCUGUGUGACCCAGCCGUACUCGUUUCCGCUGCUAGCUCAGAGCCACACAUCCGAAACCGUCGCCUGUCCCCUGGCUCUGGAAACUGCGGAGGUGGUGGCGGCGGCUGCAUCAGCGGAGGAGACCAACACCCUCGCCAGCUCUCACCCGAGGGUGACCUGAUCGCGCCCGGCCCCACAAACGCGUACGGCUUCAGGAGAGAGAAGGAACGUAAAGGUCAGCAGCACAAGGGACGCAGCCUCCGCAGGGAGGAUCAGAAGGUCGUCAGCCGAGCGAACGAGCGGCGGCACAAAGCCAAUCAGAAGCAGCGGUGGGUGGAGGACAGUCUGUCGCUGCUCAAACCCCCGCCUGCAUUCCCGGUGCAGGACAGUCCCGCCAAGCUGCAGCCUGCUGUCAGCUACGCUUCCAAGGUGAAAGCAGGAGCACAAGGCGGAGCUCUGGAGGAGGAGCGCCCCCUCAUCGGUGUGUUGCUACAGAACCAGUGGGGUCUCAGUUUCAUCAGCGAGGCGCGGCCCAUCACAGAGGCCCUGGGCCACCACUCCGCUGCCACUCCCUCCUCACCCCAGCCCAGCGAGGCUGUAGAGUCACAUGACCUACAGAUGGACAUAACAUUCACAGGAGAGGCUGCGAAGGGUUCUCCUGACGUUCCAGCUGCGGCCUUCACGGCCAUCAGUUUGAACACACACCCGGAGGUGGAUGAGAGCGACGGGAAGCUGCUGCUCAGCUGUCGUCAUCUAGUGGAGGCUAUGAACUAUCACAACAAAGAAUGGAAUUAUACCUUUAACAGACAGAAAAAAGAUCCCAAAAGAAUCAUAUGGUACAAGGACAGCCCAGAGAACCCAGCCUAGCAGUGUGAGAACUCCAAGGCAAUCACACACACACACACACACACACCCCUCUACAUCACACACACACAGACACACACACACACACACGUGGUCGUAGGACCUUGAGAAGGUGGACAAACUGUGGGUCCUGUUCUCAGACACUGCACUCAGGAUGAUGUCGUCACAAAAACCACACUGAGACACUUUGGACUAACUCCUCUGAGAUCUUGCAACAGUGGACUUUUUUAAUGCCUUACAGUCUGCCUUAAAAUUAACCCGACACCUUUUCAUCGCCUCUCUUUGCUACUUUUAACCUGCAUUUGUAGAGUUGGACUUUUUGUUUUCUCUUUUAAAAAAACUGAGGAUCCAUAACUAAAUUUUCCCCGUGAAAAGCUGCAUUUUUAUCAAACUUUGUUCCUUCUGUAAAUCUGUAAAAAAAAAAAAAAAAAAAAUUAAAAAAAAAAGAAAAAAAGAA